AUGGCUGCUGUCUUCCGUUCUAGCUUCAAGCUCCGGGCUUCUGCUCGUCUUCCUGCUGUCCGUACUCUCACCACCACCUCCCAGCUUCGUGCGGCAGAGAAACCUUUUUUCCCCAAUGAGCCUUCCGCUCCCCAGCUGUCGACCGCCAUCCCUGGCCCCAAGAACCAGGCUGCUACCGCUGAGCUCAAGGAGGCCUUUGAUGUCCGCAACUUGAACAUGCUCUGCGACUACUCCAACUCCAUUGGAAACUACAUCGCCGAUCUUGACGGAAACAAGCUCCUUGAUGUCUAUGCUCAAAUUGCCUCCAUUCCCGUUGGUUACAACAACGCCCACCUUCAAAAGGUGGCCGCCUCCCCUGAGAUGGUCGCUGCCUUGAUCAACAGACCUGCCCUUGGCAACUUCCCCUCCGCCGACUGGGCUCGUAUCCUGAAGACCGGUAUCCUGAAGGUCGCUCCUAAGGGUAUGAACCAGGUCUUCACUGCGAUGGCCGGUUCCGAUGCCAACGAGAUCGCCUACAAGGCCGCUUUCAUGUACUACCGCCAGCAGCAGCGUGGUGGUCCCGAGAAGGAAUUCUCCGAGGAGGAGCUCCAGUCCACCAUGGUGAACAAGGCUCCUGGCUCCCCCGAUCUGUCCAUCAUGUCCUUCAAGGGUGGCUUCCACGGCCGUCUCUUCGGUAGCUUGUCCACCACUCGCAGCAAGCCCAUCCACAAGCUCGAUAUUCCCGCCUUCGACUGGCCUCAGGCCCCCUUCCCCUCCCUGAAGUAUCCUCUUGAGGAGCACGUUCAGGAAAACGCCCUGGAGGAGCAGCGCUGCCUCCAGGAGGCCGAGCGCCUCAUCAAGGAGUGGCACAACCCCGUCGCUGCGGUGAUCGUGGAGCCCAUCCAGUCCGAGGGUGGUGACAACCACGCUUCCCCUGCCUUCUUCCAGGGCCUCCGUGAGAUCACCAAGCGCAACAACGUCCUCUUCAUCGUCGAUGAGGUGCAGACUGGUGUUGGUGCUACCGGUAAGUUCUGGGCCCACGACCACUGGAACCUCGAGACUCCUCCCGACAUGGUCACCUUCUCCAAGAAGGCCCAGACCGCCGGCUACUACUUCGGUAACCCCGCUCUGCUCCCCAACAAGCCCUACCGCCAGUUCAACACCUGGAUGGGUGACCCAGCUCGCGCUCUCAUCUUCCGCGGCAUCAUCGAAGAGAUUGAGCGUCUGUCCCUGGUCGAGAACACGGCCGCUACCGGUGACUACCUCUACGCUGGCCUUGAGCGCCUGGCUCAGCAGUACCCUGAGCACGUGCAGAACCUCCGUGGUAAGAACCAGGGUACCUUCAUUGCCUGGGAUACUCCCAAGCGCGAUGAGAUGCUGGCGAAGGCCAAGUCCGUUGGUAUCAACAUUGGUGGCAGCGGUGCGAGCGCGAUUCGCCUCAGGCCCAUGCUGAUCUUCCAGAAGCACCACGCCGAUCUUCUCCUGGAGAGAGUUGAGAAGCUCAUCAAGGACCUGUAA